UUCCGGUCGAAAGCGAAAGCACGCCGGCAACAAACCAGUCUUCUCGAUCGAUAAAAGGGCCUCCAAGUCCGAAAUUGUUGCACUUUUGUAGGUGCAUAACACUUGAAAAUGCCUGCACGAGGUAGAAGCCGUGGCAGUAUGUUCGUCAUCUGCGACGUGUGUACCUCAACAAUAUCAUCAGCUGAAGAAUAUGAUAGACACAUGGCUGGUAAGAAGCAUAAUGAAAAGUUACAGGCGUAUUUGGAGAAGAAAAGAGUGGCUGAAUGCAGUAUAUUUGUAAAAGGUUUUCCUCCCCGGACAGAAGAAAAUGAAUUAGUUUUGUAUUUUCAAAACUUUGGACCAAUCAAUAAAAUUGUGAUGGAGACACAUGAGAAAAAGAAGUUGCCAGCCAGAUUCUGCAUAAUAGAGUUUGGUUCUAAAGAAGGUGCUACAAAAGCUGUAGAAUAUGAACCACACAUUUUGAACAGCUCUCGGCUGACCGUUCGUCCUAGAAGCUUUAGGGAGCUCAAACUUCAACCUUACUUCCCUUGGGAGAAGGAGAAAGAAGAGAAAGAAAGCAGAUUGUUGCCCUGGAACAGAGGAGAGGAGGAUGAAGAUGUUAAUGAGAUGGGAGCUGGUCCUGGAUUUGGAGGGCCACCACCGUUACCUAGUUUACUAGGGGCUGGGCCUGGUCCAUUUAGAGGGGGCCAUCCAGGGGAUGAACAGUUCUACAUGGAUGACAAUUUUGACCAGGGUGGAGGCUUUGGAGGAGGAGGAGGAGGAGGAGGAGGGCAAUGGAUUGAAGGAGGAGGAAGAGGAGGUGGAUUUGGUGGACGAGGAAGAUUUGGUGGAGGAAGAGGUGGACUGUUGGGAAAUAGUCCAGGACCAGAUUUUGGUGGAAGAGGGGGACCAGAUUUUGGGGGAAGACGGGGACCAGAUUUUGGUGGAAGAGGUGGUCCAGAUUUUGGUGGAAGAGGAGGCCCCCCAGAUGGCUAUCCAGGACCUUCAGGUGGUAAUUAUGGAAAUUUUGGACGAGACCCACCUACUCCUCUGGGACCACCAAAAUCCAUUUUUGAUCUAAAAAUUGGUGAGGGUACUAAAAGAAUGAAAGGCAUGCCAUCUCUGCCAGGUAUGGGGAAGAAAGCGAGGAAAGGAAAAGGAGCUGACGACCCACAGGAUCCUCUGCCCGUAACAAUUGUUGAAUUAAAGAAGAAAUGCAAUGAAAAUACUUGUAUCACAAUUCAGUCACAGAUGACAUAUUUAGUGGAUCUGAUACAAGCCAGCCCAGAAGAGUUACAACAGAGAUACUACAUAUGUAAAGUCUUGGAACAAGCUCUUUCACCUUUCUUUCCUGGGGUCACUGUGAACCAGUUUGGAUCCUCUGUAAAUGGAUUUGGUUUAAAGGGAUGUGACAUGGAUGUCUACUUAGGAUUGGACAAAAUAGGAAUGUCUGUUCGAAGCACUAAUAUUGACUUGCCAUACACCCGAGAUGUACACUCUUUAAAAAAGACCAGCGGACCAUUACAACAGGCAGAUGUGGAUGGUAUGACAAAUGGAGACAAGUGCAAAUUAAUUUCCCGUAUACUUAUUGAGCAUGCUCCAGCCUGCAGUAACACACAGAUAAUUCCAAGUACACGCUGUCCAAUCAUCAGAUUUAAACAUGAAUCAUCUGGAAUCAAAUGUGACCUGUCCCUUGACAAUCAGCUUGCCCUUCAAAACACCAGGCUUCUUCAGGCCCUUAGCCAGUAUGAUCCUCGCAUAAAGCCCCUAGUUUAUGCUAUUCGCUACUGGGGAAGACUAAAACAUCUGGCUGGUAAUAUCAAGACUGGACCCAGAAUGAGUAACUAUGCCUUGACUCUUAUGAUGGUCUACUAUCUACAGAAUACUAACCCAGUGACCUUACCUACCAUCCAAUCACUAGCUGAUUUAUCAUCAACCAAGACUGUAAUAGGACCAUGGGAUUGCUCUUUUGUUGGAUCCAACUUUAUCCCACCUACCCACAAUGUACAGACAUGUGAGGAGCUGCUAGCCGGAUUCUUCAAGUUCUUCUCACACUUUGAUUUCAAGGCAAACGCAUUAUCAAUCCGGACUGGUUCAGUUUUACCCGUAGCUAAGAUUACUCUUGAUAACACCAUGAAGCUUGCACCAAUCAACAUCCAGGAUCCCUUUGUUCUUGACCACAAUGUCACACAGAACAUGAACGAAACAAUCCGUGAACUGAUGAUCAAAGAGUUCAACAUUGCUGCAUACAAGGCAGAAAGAUGGCAGGCAAUUGAGUUUGCCCAAACCAAGUCGCUUAUUGACGUCCUAGAUGACAGGGUACCAGAAGGGUUCGAUGAAACUUUGGCGCUGUCAAGUAUUCCUGGAAUAAAGCUUGGAGAAUACCAGUUCCUUGUAGAACUGAAAGCUCCUGCAUUGUCUCCACAGCUCUUACGAACACUUGAGGCAGAAGGAAACAUGUAUCUGGCAUGGUGUAAGAAAAUGAUGGGUUUCCUGUAUACUGUUAUAGAAAAGAUUAUGAUGUUCAACUGUGAAACAGUGUCAACUAACAUGCCAGAUGUAUGUAUAAAGUCUAGGAAAUAUGAUCACAGUGUCAUGUCUGAGAAAAGCUUAAAGAGAGGUUUGAAGAGGCCUCAUUCUGUUGUGGAGGAAGCUGGAGAUGAGGAGUCAUCCAUGAAGGAAGAGGAAACCUCAGAAGAAGUACUGGUAGACCCAAGGACUGAGCUGUAUAAGAAUGCAGAAUUUUACAUUGAUAUAAAUACUUACAUCAUGUGUAGAAUCUGGGCAGAGCGCAAGAAGAUUGGCAACAUGCUGAAGGAACGUGGAUUCACAGAUAGUAUGGAAUUGGAACAGACCAUUUCAGAAAGGCUAUAUUAUGACAACCAUUAUGAGAACAAGUCCCCAAUCAUGGAGAUGAGGAUUAUAAUGAAAUCCAUUAUCUUAAACAACCGAGCAGAGAUUAUGGUAGAUGUAUCAGGACCUCCAGGUCAAGGAGAGUUUCACUGUGUGUACCACUACCUCAAGAAGUUUACUCUCAAAUUGGCGGAGAAAUUUUUUGAUGCACAGGAACUGCCACCUUUAUAAAACCACAGACAUUUUGUUUGUUUGUUUACUUACUGAACAGUUUACUAAAAAAGUAAGACUUUUGUUGUGGUACAAACAGAUGGUUUUUGUUAUGAAUGUUUAUUAGAUAUUUUUUGUUGUAUUUACAGAUAUAUAAUUCAUAAACAGUUGGACAUAUUGUUUUUGGAUUUUGCAUUGAUUUCAUUAUACCAUGUAUUUUAAAUGCAUUUCACCUGAAUUUUAUAAUAUUUUUAUAUGGUCGUAAAAGAAAAAAACCUAGGUUCACAUUUAAAUUUUUUUUGUUGGGUAUAUUUUAGGAAAGUUUGUAGCUGAAAGAAAGAAGGCAGAUUGUUUCCUAUAAAAAAAAAUAUGGGGGGAAAAGG